AAUGGCGCCGUUGCCGGGGAGUGGCACGGCAUUAGUUUAAUUUCUUCUGAUUAGCUUGGGUGAAGAUUGGUUAGAACGAUCUUCUCACUUCCUUUCACCAACCACCCGUAAUAAUUAUUAUGGAUAACCUUAGUGGUUAUUACGGUCCGCCUUCUUUCUACCAAUCACCGAACCGCCCUCCGUUUCAAACCCAUCAACCUUAUCACCCACAUCAGUACUCAUAUGGUGAUGACUACCAAGUCAACAAUGGGUCUGACUACUAUCCCUACCAUGAGGAACCCCCAUAUGAUACCUCGUCUAGAAACUUUGGGUAUUCUCCUUGCCAAGAUUCUGAUGGGGAUAAUUAUUAUGAACCUCAUGGUGAUCACGAUGACUAUGACCAAUAUGGGCCUAUGUACGGCUAUCAACCUGAUCCACUCGUCGAAGAAAUAAUAAGAUUAGAGCAGAAAAUCUUCUAUUUCGACGAAGUUUUAUUUGCUGAAGGCUCCUGGUAUGAACCACCCUACUCCCGUGACUAUACCCUGUUUGCCGAAGAACGAAUUGAAGCAAACAAGGUGGCAAUUCGAGAAAGAGCAAAACUUCUUGAAUCAGUCCGGAAGGAAAAGGAGUUCGAGAGGAGAUUAUGCGAAGGAUCAGAGAUGAUGCAGAAAAUGCUGGACAACUUUCAAAGAGAAAGACUAGAAGCUGAGUCUAAAGCCGAUAAAUUAGUCAAUGAUCUCUGCAAGGCUGUUGAACUUAAACGCUCCCUCCAAUCUCAAGAUCAAAUGAGGGAGAUUAAUGUUCAAAAAGAGGCUCUAGAACCUAAGACCAACCCUAAACCCAUCAACCAAGAGGUUCCAGUUCUAGAAGAUUCACCAAGUUCUACACCAUCACAGAAACCCGAGAGCAUAACAACUCUUGCUAGGGCUACUGUGGUGAUGUUACCUGAAUACCCUCCUAGCCAAGUCCUAACCAGCAUAGUCGUACAUGAGGUGGAACCAACUGAGGGACCUGACUCAGAACCACCUACGCUCGUUCAAGAAAAGAAAGAGGAGGAAGUUUUGCCUACGGCAAUAAACGACCAUCUCCUUAAUUGUGUUGAAGACAAACCUCCAAAGGAACCUGUUUUGGAGGAGAUAGAGCCCAUUACCUGCCCCCAAGAUUCCAAUAUCCAAGAGUCUGAGGAGGAAUCUGUUGACGAGGAAAUAUUGUGCAUGGAAAACCCAACUUUGUCUAUAGAAACCUGUGCAAAUAAUGUUUCACCAGUAUAUUCAGACCAAACUUUAUUUGACUCACAUGACGGGUGUAACCCGGUUUGCCCGGAGGAUAGUUGGAGCCAAAAGAGUUGGGAUGAACUUCUAGUAAGUGACACUGAAGACUCAUCCAUGGGGGGAAGCACGGUCAUAAUCAUCAAACCACAAAUGGAUGGUCAGCCUGUUGAAGAUAAGAAAAAAAUCAAUCUCGCUAUGAAGGCCAAUGAUGUGGAUCCACUUAGGAGACUUCCGCCACCACCCACCUAUCUAGAGUCUCCUCCUUUUAUCCUGUUGCCGCCAAGCCGCAGGGAUGAGUCAAGGAUCCUGGACCUUGACCGAGCAACAAAUCAAACAAGCAAAACAUACAUAAUUUGCAUAGAAGUUCCAACGUGUGGCAUGAGAUGCUGCAACAUGCAUUGGACUUAUUCAACAUCUUGUCAACGAGCGGCUUAUCUUGUCCUUUUACUCAACACAUUCAUCUAUUUGACCAAGUCCACGACUGAGAGUUGCAUUCUUGUCUAUAAUACAACUGUUAAUUUCUAUCUCGAGACUUUGUUUCUCCAAGGUAAUCUUCUUGUUGACCCAUAGAGACUUUUGUCAUUUUGCUUCAACGAUAUUAAACAUUUCUUUGAGAUCUAUAUCAUCACCGGAGACCUCUUCAUCACUAUAUAAGGAUGAUAAAGCACAUGUUGUCUAGCGUUCUUUUCGUCAUUUAUUUCCAUAUGUGGCACUUGUCUCUUUUUCAGGGAUGACACACGGCUUUUAACUUCUCGUGUUUUCAUUCAUCUCCAAUUCAAUUGUUUCUAGGUUUUCCAUAAGCUCAUCAAAAGACAUGCUUUUGACAUCUUGUGACUGUCUGAUUGCUUUAACAUCUAUAGCGAAUUUUAUUGGAGGAGAACGCAGAACUUUUAACGCAAAUGUGCCUUCAUGAAUAGUAAGCAAGAUCUUCCAUGCUCUCUUGCCCUCGGGAGCUCUACGUUUUUCCAAACUUUUCCACCAAGAGACUUAAGGAAGGCUCUCAUUUGACACUUUCAAAAAGAGUAAUCAUGGCCGCAUAAUAGAGGUCGAGAAAACACGUCUGCAAAAAGGGCAUUUCCCUUAUAGAUACUUUGGAGGGGCCAAUUACUGCUUCUCGAACUGAGGUAAAAAAAAUGUGACAUAUUGCAGAAUAAUGCUUAUUAGAGUCC